CACUGUAUUUGAUGUCCUGGGGGGAGAUGCAACCUUGUAUGUCGUUUUGCCAGCAACAAAACUAACAAUAUAGUCGUGUGCCAUUGUUUAUUCGUCUUUUAGCAUCGUAACGAUAAUUUAAAACGUUCGUGUGAGUGUAAGCCAUAAGUGUGAAUACAAUGCGGCGUAUCGUGGCUUUUAUCCUGAUAAUAUUAUUCGUACCUGAUGGAAAUUAUGCGAAAAACAUAUCAGUCUCAGUGUUCUACGAGAGUCUCUGCCCAGACAGUGUAGAUUUUCUCAGUAAUCAGUUUUAUCCUGCAUACAUCUCGAUCAAAGAAAAAAUCCAGGUUGAGUUGGUACCAUUCGGCAAGGCCACCGCAAACUGGGCGAACGGAACUUGGAUUUUCUCUUGCCAACACGGCCCUAAGGAAUGCUAUGGAAAUAUGGUCCACAGCUGUGCUAUAGAUUUAUCUCCUGGUGACAAUAGCACGGAAUUCGUUGUCUGCGCUAUGAAAUCCGGUGAUGCUAGUCUUGAUGGCAAUUUGCAACAGUGUGCCAUCGACCACGGUGUUAAUUGGACGGAGAUCCAGAAUUGUGUGAAAUCUGGAAAAGGAAACGAACUUUUGGCAAAGAAUGGGAACCGAACCGGGGAAGUCAAAGAGAAGGUCACUUUCAUCCCCAUGGUGGUUUUCGAGCACACAUACAAGGAGGCUCUGCAAACGAUUGCCCUCAGGAAUUUCCUAGAAAUAUCGGAGUUUCUCAUAAGUGAGAGCGAGUGCGAGAGAUGCAAGCGGAGAGGGAAGAGUGGGGGUUCCCCUAAGCACUUUUCGUCGAUUUUAGUGUUGUUAAUUUCAGUGUUACCCAUCAAAGUAUUAUUAUAGGAUUUUUUUCUAGUAUUAUAAUCUCCAUUCACAGCACAUUAUUCAUGCUGUUUCGUUUUUUCUCAAGUUUGGCCAACCAAAACGAAUUUAUGGAAAAAUUGACUCAUUUUACAAUAAAUAAUUUCUAGAAAUAUCAUUUUUUAUUUCAACCUCAUGAAAAAAAAAUUAUUGUUGUCAAAUUUAAAGUAAUCUCGUAACUUGUUGAACAGACGAUCAAGAUAUGUGAAGGGUAAUUGUUUAUAUUUCACUCAAUAGCUAUCUCAUUUAAUAUUGGUCUUGCAGAAAAGUUAAUAUGGACAAAAUCAAGUAUUUUUCAUGGGCAUUUAGGAUCUAGUACUGAAAAAUGCAAAAAAGCACCGUCAAUCUAAACAUUUUACAUAAAGUGGCAUUUUACAAAUGGAACACCUUGUAUUUUAUUUUACUGAACGGUAGAGCUCUUUCUCCUGAUUUCAAAUAUAUCUAUAUACCGGGUGUAAUAAUUGAUGUAUCGUCCUAAUAUCGUGAUAAUAGGGACAUGAAAACCGUUUUGGUCAAUAAUGAAUAGUUUCGACAAAAAAAAUUCCUGAAGUUGAAAAAGUCUCAAUUUUUCACACCCUAUAUCUUUGUAAUCAUUUCAGCUAGACCCCAACUGUGAUAGAUCGAUGAAAUCAGCUCUCCAGGGAGAAUCUUAAAAUGCAAUAAAAUACAGGGUGUCCUAUGGAAAAAAAUAUGAAUGUUGCCCAUAAGUAUUUUUUGAGAUGUUCAACUGUUUCUCUGUUGGCAUAUAUGAAAUCUACAGGAAGAAAUAUAACAGAACAUUCAACAAUACCUUCAUUGUAGAAAAAAAAAUGCGACAAUUAUUCAUCCUCAUCCAGUAUUGUAUAUAAUUCCAUAUUUGACAACUCCAAAUACAUCAUUUUCUCAAAAAAGUAUGAUCGUUGAUGCACUCUUUAAUUUUUUUUUCGAUAUUUGAUUAAGACUUGUCUAGGAAUGAUUGGUGACAAUAUUUUGGUAAAUAGAAAUGAAAUCGAUAACACAAUAAACGUUCAACAUAGUUAUUAUCCAAACCAGCCCCAUCCAUUAGUUUGAGGUAAUUUUCUGUCUUUGCAAAUCUCCGGUUUGUUUCCUUCAAUUUUGCUGCACACAACAGCAACGAAAUCUUGCAACGACUGACUUUGGGCAUCACUGUUGUAUUUUUGGUCAUAAACUAUCGUAGGAACGAAGGAUAUCUGAGGAUCCAAUUGCCAAGUCAAAUCACCGUUUCGAGCCAAUAGUCUGUCACCUUCAGAGCUUUCAGAGCAUGCCUUGAUCUUUGCUGUGUUCAAAUUCAGUAACUCAGCACACUGAAAAAUA